AUGGCAGACGGCGCCGGCCCCUCUACCUCUCGCUACCGCGGCGCUGGCGACCAGACGGCCGCCCAGCAUGUACAAGAUCCCCAGCCUGGCGCUGUCAUCAUGACGCACGAGAUCCGGACAGGCCAUAGCCGCGUGUACAACCGAAGGAUGGUGAAUCAGUACGAGUUCGACCAUCGUGUAGGAGUAGGCCAGCAUGGCGAGGUGUAUCUGGCGCGAGACACGUCGAAUAGUAACAUGCCUGUGAAAGAACCCAAAGGCGGACAAGAUGAGCAAGUUCCGGAAGCAAAACCAGAACCUCCCUUCUCCCCGCACCUGCCGCUCACCGACAAGCUCGGGACGACGGAACAUAAGAUUCGCAAGGAAAUCGCGAUCAUGAAGAAUCAAGUGCUCGAAGUCAUAGAUGACAACCUCCACGAGAAGAUCUACAUGGCGACGCGUAUAUGCUCCCCUCCCGUCACAACGAGCAGUCGCAUUACUGUACGGGGCCGCUGUCACGGUGCCGGACCAUAUUGCCUCGGCUGCAGUACGCGUAAUGGAGUACCUGGUGGUGGCGAGAUCAAAUGGCGGACGAAUGACGGUGAGCCGGUGCUGCGUGUUGACCAAACACGGCGCAUAUGCCGCGACGUCAUAUUGGGCCUCGAAUACCUACAUCACCAGGGCAUUAUCCAUCGAGACAUCAAGCCGUCGAACUUGCUCUGGACCGCAGACAGGCGGACCGUCAAGAUCGCCGACUUUGGUGUCGCGCACUUCUCCUAUGCGCAACGCCUCGCGGCGGCUGGGCAGGGUAUGGUCGACCUUGGCGACGAAGACCCAAUUCUCAUGGACGACACGGACCUGUCCAAGACGGCCGGCACGCCCAUGUUUCUCGCGCCCGAGAUCGUAUGCGACACCGCGGAUCUCGCGGCCUCCUCGUCGACCGUGAAUGACGGUGGCGCGUCCGCGCCGCCGGCACCCAUCACGAAGGCGAUCGACGUCUGGGCGUUCGGCGUGACGCUGUACGGCCUGCUGUUUGGUCACCUGCCGUUCGUUGCGGACCGCGAGUAUGAGGUGUACCAGGUGAUCAGGCGGCAGGACUGGGCGGUUGACCCGACGAUGGGUGUUGACCAGCUCGAGACGGCCAAGAGGGCAGGAACCGAUGGUUACAUGGUUGUACAGCUGCUGGACGGUCUCCUCGAGAAGGAUGCACGGAGGCGGAUGACACUUGAUCAAGUGAAGCGGCAUCCGUGGAUACUCCGUGACAUUCAGGAUCCUGAAGGGUGGCUGCGCGAGACACAACUUGGACCCGCGCCGUCCCUAGAGCCUACCGCAGACGAGACUAGCUCGGCCAUGUCCUCAGUGCGCUUCCGCUGGACCCGUCCAUUACGGCGGCUCUGGCAAGGUGUCCGACCUACGCGCUCCUUCCUGAGCAGGCAAGCCCCAACAGAAACGGAAGUUGACGAGUACAAGCACGUCGGUGUCAGGUCCGCCCCCACCCACUCGUUAUCACGGCGCCGUUCAACACCAGGUGCAUCACAGCACGAGCGCCGGCGAGACAAGAGCAAGAGUGGGUACUCCGGGCGUGGAGACGCGCCCCGCAAUAAGUCGACGACGGACGUAGUCGCCCGGCAUGACUACGCGUACACCGACUGGGCUGACUAUGACGCGAGACAUAUGUCGACCGGACGUUCACCGAAGCGGCGGCGCGGCUCAUUCCCCUCAACCUCCGUCCGUCGCGCGCCGCUCACCACAGCCGUCGCCGAUAUCCGCGUCGACGCCGAGCGUGGAUGGAUCCGGGAUGCCCUCGCCAGAGGAGCGCACGCCGAGCAGGCUGUCGCUCACGCAUUGGCUCAGGCUCCGUUCCGCAGGCAGCCCGCGCCGCAGAUGGAGCAGACUCUGUCUAGCGGCAGCUCUGGGCAGAGCGUGUCAAGGCAGAGGAGCAACAGGCGGCUGACAGAGCACCGCGAGUGGUCACCUCACGAUGGCCAUGCGCGCGGCGAGCUGGGGCGAGGUCGGGGACUACGCGAGACCGUCGGAGGAGUGAUGAGCUUGUAUUCCGCUGAACGGGGAGACGACGCGCUCGACGACGACACGCUCUUACUUGGGGCUGGCGGGAUCGCCCAUAGUCCUGUCCUGUCCAUUCCAACAAGCGGUGUGCUCAGCACCGUAUCAUCCCUCGCCUCCCUCAACCUAAACGCUAGUGCUCCGGGCGCACCAACGCCUGCGACAAUGUCGGUCGCACAAGCCCUCCUCCAGCGCACUGACGUAGGCGAGCUACCAUCUGCCGCUGGCACUGCCACCCCGGACCCCACCACCUUCGCGCGCCAGUCGCAGAUCCGCUCUCGCGCGACGAGUCCACUUGCCCAAUCCGCUUACAAUCCUGUGCAGCUCUCCAUCGAGUCGGCGAACCCGUACGACUGCGAUGACUCUUCCUUCGACGACGAUGACGAAGAAGAUGAGAUGACGAGUCAUCAUACGGCGAAGAGGUGGACUUGCAGCCCAGCACGAGCCAGCGGUAUCAGGAGGAAGACGACGAGAGCGAGGAGGAGGCGAGGUGCGCCUCGAACUCCGUGGCCGCCGCCCUCCAAUCGCUCCGAAAUGUCGCCCGUGCGGGGCGCAGACACGCCCCAUAGAGAACGCCCCAUGAUCUGUACAUAG